UUUUUCAUAAAAGGGAGAAAGUGAGGAGAAGAGAGGAUUCAAGUUUGAGUUCAGGACUGUGACACAGAGGAUUCCAUCACGCCUCCUGCCGAUCAGCACCAUGGACAGCGGCAGCGCAGUACCCCGAAUCACCAGCAGAGGGUCGGACCGCUGCGGUAUUACCCGUAGCGGUUCAGAAAUGAUGAAAUAAAUUGCCAGGCAUGUAUAAAAGCUGGAUUCUGAGUGUCAAAAUCGCGGCGUGGCAAAAGCAUGAGAGUGCAGAAGGCGCAGAGGAGGAGGCAGGAGCUCAAAAGAGACAGAGAAGGGGAGAGCCAAGACGGACGGAGAUGCGGUGGAAUACAAAACCCCUCAGAUGCUGGUUGCAGCUGGAUCUAUCUAGUUCCACAAAGAUGUGACUCCACUCGACUUUAUCCUGGUGACUCCUCGCUCCACCAAGACCCCGAGCAGCGACAGACACCCACCCAGCCACUGAUGCCGGUGAUCUUCCAGAGAAGAGUCUUCUGGGACUCAGCACCAUCAAAGGAAAAGAAAGGUGUGUGGUGUGUCGUCAUGUUGAGGUAGCAGGAUGUCUGGCGAAGACGAGCGGCGUCUGAAUGGAUGGAAAAGUGGGGUGGACUACAUCACUGAUGUUGAGAGUGAUGACGCCGAUGACGUGGGGUGGAUGAAUUAUCAAUCGCACAGCGCCCCCUUCAGCUCUGAAAAUGAAGCACAGGGAGGCGACCCCGCUGUAUGGCAGUGCACGCCGCCCCCAUCUACCUCACCAUCCGGGGAAAUGGCCGCCAACACUCCUACUCCCCAGCCGGCACCCGGGCCUCGCUCCAGAGCGGACAGCCGAAGCCCUUCGCCUUCCCACGACCUGCCAGGAACAAAGAAAAGGAGCUCCAAACCUGCACACCUGAGACGCAACAUCAGGAAAUUAUUCAGGGAGCAUCAGUUGGAGGCAGGGACCAAAGCUGCCCAGCAGGAGGAGCUGGAGAGAAGGCGACGCCUGGAGCAGCAGAGAAAAUCAGAUUUCCCUGUACCAUUGCUGCCUGAAUAUCAGACUGGUGAAGUGACCAAACAUGCAUCACAGCAGGACUUGGGCUCCAUCAGGCGCGAAGUGAUCUGCGUGGACUCGAGCAGCGCUGAUAUCGGCCAGAAUGAACGCUGUGUCUCUGCUUUCCCUGCAAAGGAACACACUCGUAAAACAGAUUUGAGGUCUGGCGAAGAUGACGCCACCAUUCCAGUCAACUGCCAGUUCAAAAAUGUGCAAGGUGAGAGCGAGCCCCGAGGUACCCACACCACUGACGCCAUCAACCUGCGGGACCAGCAGGGCCGGGUGCUGGUCAACGUCAACCACCCGGACACUGACGUUGACAUGUUCCUGUUGCCUCAGCUCGCACGGGCAGUCAAGCCCCACCAGAUUAGCGGGAUCCGUUUCCUUUACGACAACCUGGUGGAGUCUCUGGAGCGCUUUGAGAAGAGCAGCGGCCUGGGCUGCAUCCUGGCUCACAGCAUGGGCCUCGGAAAAACCCUGCAGGUCAUCUCCUUCAUCGACGUGCUCUUCAGGCACACGCAGGCUCACACAGUUCUGGCCAUCGUGCCGGUCAACACAUUACAAAACUGGCUCGCUGAGUUCAACACAUGGACGCCACCUCCUGAGAUGUUGCCACCGAAUGCCUCACCUGAACUGGUGAAACCUCGCACCUUUAAAGUGCACAUCCUCAAUGAUGAACACAAAACCACAGCCACAAGAGCUAAGGUGGUCCAGGACUGGGCCCAGACCGGAGGUGUCCUUCUGAUGGGCUACGAGAUGUAUCGCCUCCUCUCUCUGAAGAAGAAAUUUGCCGGGGGGAGGAAGAAGAAGAACAAGAAAGCAGGUCCAGUUGUUGUCGACCUAGAUGAGGAGGACAGACAGAAGGAGCUGCUCAUCGGAAUCGAGAGAGCUCUGUCCCGACCGGGCCCCGACAUUGUGAUUUGUGAUGAGGGCCAUCGUAUUAAGAACUGUCACGCCAGCACGUCCAAAGCCCUGAAGAGCAUCAGAACCAGACGCCGCGUCGUCCUCACAGGCUACCCGCUCCAGAACAACCUCAUUGAAUACUGGUGCAUGGUGGACUUUGUCCGGCCCAACUUCUUAGGUACGAGGCAGGAGUUCAGCAACAUGUUCGAGCGUCCCAUUCUGAACGGUCAGUGCGUGGACAGCACCGCUCCAGACAUUCAGCUGAUGAGGUACCGGAGUCACGUCCUGCACAGUCUUCUGGAAGGCUUUGUUCAGAGGCGGGGUCACGAUGUCCUGAAGGACCAUCUGCCCCCCAAGGAGGAGCAUGUGAUCCUGGUGCGCCUGUCUCCUCUGCAGAGGGCGCUCUAUAAAGAGUUCAUGAACCGCUUCACAGAGGCAGGAAACACAGGAUGGCUCAGCCUAAAUCCACUCAAGGCCUUCUGCAUCUGCUGCAAGGUGUGGAACCAUCCAGACGUACUGUACGAGGCCUUACAAAAGGAAAACAUGGCCACUGACCAGGACUUGGACCUGGAUGACAUCACGUCUACAGCACCAGCACAAUGUCCAACAGGGCCCACUCAAACCUCAAAGCCCUCAGAGACCCCGACCCCCGUGGGUGGCCUGAGUCUCAGCCAGCUGCAGGAAAAAGCCAACCAAGUCAUCACCAAUGAAUGGGCCAGAGAGAUCAUGAGUGACUACAAACCCGGGGUGCUGGAGAACUCCGCCAAGAUGGUCCUGCUCUUCCACCUCAUCGACGAGAGCGUCAGAAAGGGAGACAAGAUCCUGGUGUUCAGUCAGAGUUUGUCAACACUGACCGUGAUUGAGGACUUCCUGGCCAACAGACCAGUUCCUCCUUCACCUAAUACGUCCAGCAGAGACAAGACAAGUCACCACUGGAUCAGAAAUCUCAACUACUACAGACUGGAUGGAAGCACAACGGCUUCAGAACGUGAGAAGCUUAUCAAUAACUUCAAUGACCCUUCCAACACGUCAGCAUGGGUCUUCCUCUUGUCCACUAGAGCUGGAUCUUUGGGGGUGAACCUGAUCGGGGCCAACAGAGUGGUGGUGUUGGAUGCCUCGUGGAACCCGUGUCACGACGCUCAGGCUGUGUGUCGCGUCUACCGCUACGGGCAGAAGAAGCCGUGUCACAUCUACCGGCUGGUGUGCGACUUCACGCUGGAGAAGAAAAUCUACGACCGGCAGAUCUCCAAGCAGGGCAUGUCUGACCGGGUGGUGGAUGAUCUGAACCCUGUGCUGACCUUCACGCGCAGAGAGGUGGAGUCUCUGCUGCACUUCGUGGAGGAGGAGCCGAACGCCUCAGAAGUGCAGCUCAAUUCUCAGGACAACUUGGAGAGCGUCCUCAGGAGGGCGCUGCAUCUCUACCCUCACCUCAUUACAAAGCAACCGUUCUCCCAUGAAUCUCUGUUGAUGGACCGCAAGGAGUUUAAGCUGAGCGCGGCCGAGAAGAAAGAGGCGAGGAAAGGUUACGAAGAUGAGAAGCGAGCAUCUGUGCCGUACACUCGGCCCUCCUACGCACACUUCUACCCGGCCAGCGACCAGAGCCUCACAAACAUCCCCGCCUUCAGCGUGAGGAACUGGCGCCCACCGACGUGCAUGAAGGAGAAGCCAGUGGCCAGUGUCCACCCAGUUCAGUCCACCCCAGCUCCCAUGCUCCCUCGCCAGGCCGAGGCCAGCGCCACGCCAGGGAACGACCCACCAGGCAGCAGCCUCGGCGGGUUUCCUGUCAACUGCCUGCAAAAAGUUGGUGUGUUUGUCCAGAAGAUCAUCACCACCACAGACAUCGUGAUUCCAGGCACCAACAGCUCGACGGACGUCCAGGCCCGGAUCCCAGCUGGGCAGAGCAUCCAUGUGAUCAGAGGCUCCAAAGGGUCAUAUAUCAGGACUUCAGAUGGACGCAUCUUUGCUGUGAGAGCAGCCAAUAAGACCAAGACAGAGAAAACUGAAGAUGGUGGAACAGCGCCACCCAAUGCAGAGUCUCUGGUCCAGGCUGAAGUGCCCACCAACGGCACCAAUGGUUCCCUCUCCCCAGAGCGGAAGACCUUCAGCGGCUUCCAUCGCCCUCCCUCACCUGACGGUCAGGAAAUCACGGAGGAGCUGCAGAACUACACGUCAGGGGCCGCCACCCAGCCGGAGGGAGAGCCGGGUGACAGCAACGUGCCUUCUGCGAAACUGGGUCAGAGCAACGGCACCAGUUUAACAAGUGGAAGUGUGAGCCAUCAGGAUGUGAUCCAGCCCUGCAUGGACGCCACGGUGGCCCAGGACCUGAGGACAUGCGUCAAGCGCAAGGCCUCCACUCCCUCCCUCGACGAGGUCCCUAGUAAGCAGAUGUCCCCCGGCAAACACUCCGCAGCCUCUCAGGCCUUCGGCUUCCCUGGGGGCUACAACCUUCCUCUGGCCAUGAUGGGAGGGUCCCUUGGGCACCCCCUCCUGGUUGGUGCAGGCUCGCCUUACUUCCACCCCUCCCACGCUCAGCUCAGGGAGGCCAAGUACAUGUAUCCAGACCUGUUUGGUGCAGCUGCCAGCUCCACCUCCUCCGCGGCACUCUCCACAACCACUGCUGUCACCUCUUCAUCAUCGUCUUCAUCACCUCCCGGUGCUGUGCCUCAGUUCCCCCUGAGCACCUGCAUGUCGGGCAGGCUUCCCACCGGCUUCCCGCUCACCUACAGCCCAUCGCUCACAGGGCUCUACACCGGAUCCAUGCUGCCUGGAGGGCUUCCGGGUCCGGCCGCCACUCCUGGGCCGGCCGGCGCCAGCUUCCUUUCGCAGUACCCGUCGAUUUCUUCCUCCAGCUCUUCCUCAUCCUCCCCGUCCUCCUUCUCUCCGAUGGCUCCGCAGCAGCCUCUGGUGAUGAACGGUGAUGACAAAGAUGAUGAUGUCAUAGAAGUGAAAGGCCAGUGAAAAGUCACACUCAGCUUGAGUUGUUUCAAAAAGGAUGAGAUCCUACGACGGGGUCAGCACCAUGAGUCUGAGGGAGACACGAUGAGCAGUGAGCCUCUCUGCUGCCGUGACGUCUGACGGAACUCAGUCCAGGGGCAGAGUCUCUUUCAAGGUAGAAACCCCCGGGAGGAUUUGCUUCAGGAGAACCUGCUUCCUCUCCAAAAAUGGCAUUUAACUUUGACGGGUGUCGACCGAGUGUCGCCCGCCGGGACCACCGACGGUCCUCAGCUUCACCUUUGUCUGGACUCUUGCUUCUUCUAGCCUCUUCUUAAAGGACUUGAUGAUGGAUUGAAAUGAGUCAGUGGGUGGAAUCGCUCGGUGUUUGUGAACGCUGUUGUUUUAUUUGGGUUGUUUGUUAGUGCUAAAAAAGUUUAAAAAAAGGUCAAACAGAAGCGAUUUGAUUGAAUGGAAUCAUUCACUGCCAGGACGAGAUUGUUUCUCCUCCUUCGCUGUAAAAAAAGGUGAAUUACGGAAAGAAUGUAAACUCUUGCCUUGAACACCGGCCUUCUUUGGAAACUCAAGGCCUCAAAUGUGGGAAUAUCUCUGUUGUCUUUUAUAAUCUAUGUCAACUCUUGGCCUGAAAAAGACAGCCAGGAGUAAAUGAGGAAAAAAAAAACUGUGAGGUGACCUUGUAGCGGAGAAACACCGACAGCUGAUGCCUUUUUGCCUCCGUCUUUCUGAAUGUGAACCGUGAGAGAGGAGCAGUGACAGAGACCCUCGUGCUCUGGAGCCACGUUCACACACCCACAGUGGCAGCUCAGUUGCCAGGUUGCACCACCCUCUUCACUCCAGCUGUGCACCCCUUCUUAAAUCACAGUGAAGGAGUUGCCACUCAAAUAUGAAACAGUCAAGUACAGAAGCAAAUGCCAGUUUAUUCAUGUAAAUAAUGGCACGUCAGUGUCCAGUAUUGUGAGAUUUUCAUUUUCAAAGGUUGACUUUAGAAGAAUGUUAGUGGAAUGCCGUGAUAGUGAAGUGUAGACAAAUGUCAGGUCAAUAUUUAACUAUAAAUUGAGUUAUAUUCAAGUCUCAAAUAGACAAAAUGAGUGACGAAAUAAAAUGAGUGCAGUCUUUUUUAUAUACUGAUCAGCUGCCGUGCUUGAACCUGGCUUCACUGUGGUGGUGUGAAGGUGGCUCAAAUCUCACCCGCAGUCUUACUGUAGCCUAGCGACGAACGAUGCAAAACACUCAAGCCUAUACGCUGUAUUCUUAAAACUCCCAGAGGAAUUAAGCUUGCCAGAACUACCGUUUUGGUUCGUGGCGUUACUGUCUGUCGUGUUCCUGCAGGGCCUCAGAUGUGUUGGGUCAGAGAUUCCACCUCCGCUGCUGUUUUUGUUUCAUCUCAUCCUGUGAAUAGGCGUCACACAGUUUGUGGGGAAGAUGAACAAACAUGUCUGGCGUCCGGAGACCAAACAAUCAGGCGAGAGAAAGCCCCUCAAAGACUUUGAUCCCUCACUGUACGACUGCACUGUAAAGACUGGAUGAACACACAAUGACCACCCUGCUUUCUGUUCGAGACUCAUCGCUGAUUCGUGACCUACAAAAAAAAAAUUCUCGUCCUCGUUUUCAUACUGAAAUCUCAAGUUUACUGUUUUUCUUUACAUUGUUUGAAUUUACCAAAAUUAAUUUAUUUAUGACAUUGCAUAUUUAUUCACUUGUAUUUUUUAUUUUUGUAUUUUCAUCUUUCUUUUUCCUCAUCAGUUUUUAUAUUUUUGUUGUUAAAUACACGUGUUAAGAAAAAAAAAAACAUCUGCCAGUCUGAUCCAGCUUCUGCAACAAUCAUUGUCCAUUUGUGAUUUUGGCUUAGAUGGCAUAUCCUGCUGACAGCUGUCCACUUUUACCUUCAUCGACUUUCAACGACAGCUGAAGUUCAGCUUUGAGUCGAUUUAAAAAAAAAAAAAUGCUUUUUUUUGCUUUUUUUUCCAUAUCGUAAAAGAAAUACCUGUGCUGCUGUCAGCUUGGCGUCUUGAUCCUUCAAGCUUCACGGGUUUCUACUUGAAUUUUCAUAUUUAUUUAUUCGAAUUGACAGAGUUGGACGACGCGAACCAACUGUGCAAGUGAUGUAGAUGAAGAGGAGGAGCUGCUUUUUCUGUGACGACCAGCUGUCGGGUCUCGGCCUGUUCAUCCGUGGAUACAUGUCUGUUGAAUUACUUUUCAGUCCUUUUAUAAAUAAAAAGAAACAUUUUCCAAAUUAUACUAUUCUUUAGUAGCAUUUGUCUUGCAUCUGUUGUCCAUCGCAGCUGAGAGCGAGAUCUGUGAUGCAAUAUAGUCGCAAUGCAUUUAAAAAUGGCCUUAGACUUUGGAAACAAAUGAGUAUUUAAUAAAAUACAUUCAUCAAUGAGUAGAUUUAAUAGCCAGCAUUGCUUUGACGGUGCUGUCAAUCUGUGUUAUAGGCAGUAAAUUUAAGAAAUAUUUCAUUCAUAAUGUAUGAUUAUUAUGUAUAAAUACAUGGCAAAUAAAAAUGAUUUUUUUUUUUUAUGAAAGAGAAUUACCUUUUUUAUUUUAAAUAAAUUCCAUACCAAAAAAAAUACUUAAAAAUACUUCUCUUUUGUGGACAUUUUAAGGUAAUCUCUGAAGUUGUUAUUAAACUUUUAUAUUUUAGAUCAUAAAACAUCAUCUUGUUCAAGAGGAAAACGGCUAUUUUGUCCAUUCAUUUCACCAACCGUCACAUUUCAAAUAACAUGGCUUCCAUAUUUGUGUUUUCCAACCGUGUUUACAUGUGUACAAUCGCAUUUAAAGACCGUUGUCACGUUACAUUCUCACUUAAAACAAAAGCAGUGCCUCAUAAAACACACAAAAACAAUGUGUCGAUAAGUGAUCUGUCUUGCUGCAUGCUGCGUUUUGUACAGUGUUGUGUGUCUCUGUUGUGUUUGGAACCUACACGACCAAGGAAGCACAAGUUAAAACAAACAUGUCCUCUUUAAAAGAUUUGUUCUCAAGUGUUGUUCUGUGGUUCGUUUUGUGCUUGUUCUGUUGAGAAGGUACAAAUAAAAUCCCUGACCAGUG